UUGUGUAACUGCAGCUCAUCCAUCAGCGUUGUGUUUGCGGAACCGGCGGAAUGAACUUGAACGAAUUUGAAUCGUACCACUCGCCACUUAAGGACUUUUAUCACGGCAAAAUUGUUCUACUGACGGGCGGAACUGGAUUUCUUGGGAAGUUAUACAUUGAAAAGCUGAUUCGAUGUGGAGUAUCGGAAAUAUUGCUGCUUUCGCGGGCUAAAAAAGGCAAAACUUCCAACGAGCGACUGACUGCUAUUCUUGAAUCGGAACCAGUCUUUACGAGCUAUCAAGAUGAUCCAGAGUUGUACCACCGAAGAAUCAAGAUUAUCGAUGGGGAUGUCAGUAAGCAUCAGCUGGCGAUCAGCAACGACGAUCUGUCCUACAUCGUGAACAACGCGAACGUAUUCCUGCAUGCAGCUGCCGAUGUGCGUUUCGAUGAAUCCCUCAAGGAGUCGGUGGAAACCAACGUGCGUGGGACCAGCGAGAUACUGAAGAUCGCGGAAAAUGCAAAAGCAUUGGUGGUGUUCAUAUAUGUGUCAACUGCAUUUUCUCACUGCAAUCGAGAUUCGAUUGAGGAAAAGUUCUACCAACCGCUGUUCGAUCCGUACCUAAUGAUCAAGUUGGUAGAGCAGGAGCAGGACGAAGAAAAUUUUCAGGUCGUUAGUAAGAAGAUCAUUGAGCCGUGGCCCAACACUUACGCGUUUACAAAGUCGUUGGCUGAGGAUCUCGUUAGACAGUACUACGAGAAGAUUCCAAUGGCAGUGAUCCGACCGUCGAUCGUGACCACAACCAACAGCGAUCCCAUCCCCGGUUGGACGGACAACAUCUACGGAUACAAUGGAGUGGUUGUAGGAGCCGCAACGGGAGCACUUCGAAUUUUCCACAUUAACAACGACUUCCGAGCAGACAUAGUCCCGGCGGAUAUAGUGGUGAAUUCCACCCUGGCAGUCGGUUGGUAUGCAGCUGAUCAUCGGAACGAAACAAACAUCAUAAAUUGCACCGUUGCCGAUAAUCCCGUUGAUUGGGCAACGGUUAAGAGGGAGCAGAUGAAGUGGAAAGCCAAGAUGCCCUUUUUGAACGCGCUCUGGAUACCGACUUACAAUACUACCAAGUACUACUAUGUAUCGGAGUUUCUGAAGAUCUUCUACCAUGUGAUCCCGGCAAUCUUUUUCGAUCUGGCGCUUAAGUUCAACAGUCAGAAACCGAAGGUUCUCAAGUUGUACCGCAAGGUUCAUAAGUUCUCGGAGGUGUUGAGUUUCUUCACCAACAACGAGUGGGACUUUCGCAACGAACACUACCACAAGGUAAUGUCACAGAUGACGACGGAUGAUCACCGGUUUUUUCCGUGCGACAUGAAGCACAUCGAUUGGGUGGAGUUUCUGACGAACAAUUUGAGGGGACUUCGGAUGUACAUCAUGAAGGAGAAGUGGGACAAUUUGGAGCAAGCUAGGAAGAAAUAUAGGAAGCAGUGGUUGGCGCACCGGCUGCUUCUGGUGUUCUACUACGCUGUGGUGAUAUUCAUUGUUUACAAGUUGCUGCAGGCUGUUGGAUUGGUCGAUUUGGUGGAUGAGUUGUUCAAUAAUACCGUUGCGUAAGGUUUUUUAAUUUUUUAGCUCAUUUUUGAUGUCGCGUAAGGGACUAUUCUAAUGAAGAAAGGUAAAUAAAUAAAGUACGUUUAAAAUGA